GCCGAGCAGCCAGCACCAUGAAGGACGAUGUGGCUCUUCUGGCCACUGUCACCCUCCUGGGAGUCCUGCUGCAAGCCUAUUUCUCCCUGCAGGUGAUCUCGGCGCGCAGAGCCUUCCGCGUGUCGCCGCCGCUCACCACCGGGCCGCCGGAGUUCGAGCGCGUCUACCGAGCCCAAGUGAACUGCAGCGAGUACUUCCCGCUGUUCCUCGCCACGCUCUGGGUCGCCGGCAUCUUCUUUCACGAAGGUACCGCGGCCCUGUGCGGGCUGGUCUACCUGUUCGCGCGCCUCCGCUACUUUCAGGGCUACGCGCGCUCGGCGCAGCAAAGGUUGACCCCGCUGUACGCGAGCGCGCGCGCGCUCUGGCUGCUCGUGGCGCUGGCGGCGCUCGGCCUGCUUGUCCACUUUCUCCCCGGCGCGCUGCGCGCCGCGCUCCUCGGACGGCUCGGGAAGCUGCUGCCCAGGGCCUGAGGUGGAGGACGCCCGGUCGGCGGAACCGGAGAAGAGCCGGAGCUUCCGGGAGGACGGGACGGGUGCUCGCCCCAUCCCAAUCUCCAAUUAAAGUGCCGAUGACCG